GGGGAGAGAGAUAAGGGGGGAGGAGGAGGAGGAGGUGGGAUCGAUGGCGUGCCCGCCGCUGUGAGAUUGAUCUCCCGAUCGCGUCCCGGCCGCAGGUCCAGCCAAUGGCUUAGAUAUCUCAAGCUGAUACUUAUGGUGGAUGCGGAAACCAAACUCCAACUCUUGAAGAGAAAUUAAAAGUUCCCGUGCUUCAGUUUCUAGUGCCGCUUAAGAAACAUCAACUUGUUGGUGGGACAGAUCAUCCUGAGUUGUUCAUAAGUCAGCUAUUUUGAGAAGACAAUGUCAGCUUCAGAGUUCAGGAUUCCUUACCAGCCAGUAUCAUCUUCGCAGCCUUCGGAGAAUACAGGUCAGUUCAAGAUAUGCCGAUGUGGAGAGGGAGACCUGAACUCCCAGACUGGUGAAACCGGUGAUAGUCCACAAACUGCAUGUCCUAACUGCCAGGUUCUUAAGAGUGGACAUUUACUGCUUUCAUCUAAAGGGAUUGGUUGGACAACAUGGAAAAAGCGCUGGUUUAUUCUUACAAGGGCAUCAUUAGUGUUCUUCAGAAGUGACCCUAAUGCACCUCCCAGAGGAAAUGAACCAGUUGUUACACUUGGUGGAAUCGACUUGAAUAACUCCGGAAGUGUUGUAGUCAAAGAAGACAGGAAACUUUUAACAGUGUUAUUUCCUGAUGGCCGCGAAGGGCGUACUUUUACUCUGAAGGCAGAAACUACGGAAGAACUCAACGAGUGGAGAAAUGCAUUAGAGAGUGCUUUAGCGCAGGCACCAAGUGUAGCGAGUACAGUGGGGCAAAAUCCAAUAUUUAACGCUGAUGGAACAGAAUCUUCUGAAGCUUCAACUGAACAGUCGGAGGAUAAAUCAUCUGUUAUUGGGAGACCUGCACAGUUUGCACUUAUAGAGGCUGAUGGUAGUCCAGCUUUCCUGGAGAAGGCCUUGAGGUUCAUUGAAGAUUAUGGUUGCAAGGGAGAAGGAAUCCUCCGUCAAUCUGCUGAUGUUGAAGAAGUCAAACGCAGAUUUCGUGAUUAUGAUAAGGGAAAGAAAGAGUUCUCCCCAGAUGAGGAUGGGCAUGUUAUUGGUGACUGUAUUAAGACUAUUCUUCGAGAGAUGCCAGCUUCGCCAGUUCCUGCAGCAUGUUGCACCGCGCUGGUUACAGCUUACCGAACUGACAAGACAAAAAGACUUGAUGCUUUAAAUAAAGUUGUAUAUGAAGUUUUCCCGGAACCGAAUCGGCAAUUACUGCAGAGGAUCCUUAAGAUGAUGAUGAUCGUUGGAUCACACAAAGCUGUGAACAGGAUGUCUAAUUCCGCUUUGGCGGCUUGUAUGGCACCACUCCUUCUUCGUCCUCUUCUUCUUGGUGAAUGUGAAAUUGAUAAAGACUUCAGUAUGGCUGGGGAUGGUUCAUUCCAGCUGCUUCAAGCUGCAGCUGCAGCCAACCAUGCUCAAGCUAUUGUUAUCAUUAUGCUUGAGGAAUAUGAUCAGAUAUUUGAUGACAUAGAAGAAGGUUCUUCGGACGCUUAUACUGAGUCUGACGACGGUGAUGUUGACAAGGAAUAUUCUACAGAUAAUGACAACCAUGAUGAGGAUGGUUCUUAUGAUUCUGGUGAAGAUGACAUUGAAGAAGACUUGGAUGAUAAUACCGAACACUCUUCUGGCGGCAGUGAAUGUGAUGGCAAUAGUAGAAUCAAUGCCAAACGUGACAAGAUGAAAGUGGGAAAAACAGAACGUGGUUUGUCAAGGGAGGACAAAGGAUCACAUGCAUCCACAGAUCAUAUAGCAAAAUCCCAUUCAUCAUCUUCGAAAGCAAAAUUUAUGAAGUCAAGCAGCUCAGCUAAUAGGGACAAAAAGACAUUAUGGGGCCGUACUUCAGCAAGAAAGGACCUGGACGUUGAGGGCUGCAGUGAUGAUGAGGCUCUUAUUGAGAAGCUUGAGAACAACAAGGCCGAUCUCCAAUCUAAAGUUUCAAAGGAGGUCAAAGAAAAUAAAAACCUCCAGACAAGUCUAGAAAAGCGGAAAGGAACAUUACAUGAACGCCGUUUAGCACUUGAAAAAGAAGUGGAAACUUUGCGAGAUCAGCUGCAUAAGGAGAGAAGUUUGAGGGCCUCAUUGGAGUCUGGGCUGAUGAAUAUGCGAAGAGGGCAGGUGUCCCUCCCGUCGUCAAUAGACAGCAAGACUAAGGCUAAUCUUGAGGAAGUUGCUGCUGCUGAAGCUGAUGUUUUGAAUUUGAAGCAAAAGGCUUGUGAUCUACGCGGACAACUCAGCAGCCAGGCCCAGCUAAGCUCCAUCUCACUAUGUGAAUCAUGCAACAAACGGCUCCAAGACAAGCUUGCCGAAGAGAAACAAAAUGAAAUCAGCUCAUCAACCGAAGCAUCAUCGGCUAUUGGGGCCAAUUCUUUAUCUCGAAUGUUACCCAAUGCAGGCAUGGCGGAUAUUGUUGAACAAUUGAGAAGGCAAGCCGCACAGAAUUCGUCUUCUUCAACAGGUGCUCAAAGAUUGUUGAGGCAAAACUCAAAUAGCCUACACAGGCUUCAAGGACCGAAUACCUUUUCAAGUAAUAGAACAGAGGAACCUGGGGGUGGACCGCCAACUGCAUUAGCUAAGCUGACAAACCGGCUCAACUUCUUGAAAGAAAGAAGGGCAAUGCUCGCAAGUGAGAUGCAAAACUUAGAUUUGGCUCGCCCACCAACGGCUCCAGCUCCAAAUAAAGACUCCACAUGAGGACUGGGAAUUUGACACUGCAUCAUCUUAAAGCUAGAAAAUCAAGUAGUGGAGCGAUGCACAUAUGACAGCGCCACAGGGACUAUGAGGUGGAGAUGCAUAUGAUAAUCCUACCGUGAGAGUUGGACCCAGUUCAAGAUGCGUGCACAUGUAUUUUCAUUGGAGGAGCAUCGCUGGUAGUGUUCACCAAAAUCGCUGAUCGCACGAACAGCCUAGUUUUAGAGUACCAUAAUUAAUUAACCCCACAGUUUUAUUGUGUUUCCAUAAUGACAUUUUGAAAGUAUUGAAUUGUGGCAUGUAUAAGAAACAUAUCUCCGUAAAUUCUAGACCACAGCCAAAGUGCUCUUCCAAAUGCAGCCUGAGAGAGUUUGACCGUA